CUGUUUUUAUCUACCUACACAACACGGUGCGGAAAAGUAGAGCAGUUAUUAUAGAAAAUGCUCUGAACAUCAGUUCUUCGAAGAAUUUUUUCCAGCUAAACUUAAACAAUGGCUGACCCGUUGGCUGAAGAGGCACCAGAGGUCAAAAGCCUGCUGAAAUGGCUUCAGACGUUCGAAAUUGCGGAUUGCAACCAGCCCCUGCAACUUCAAGACCUUAGUGAUGGCAUCAUCAUGUCCAAAAUUUUGAAUGAAAUCGAACCUCAGUGCUUUACUGAUGCGUGGAAGUCGAGCAUGAAUGCAAAUGCGUCACAAAUCUGGCGGCUCAAGGUGAGCAACCUCAAAAAGCUGGUGACCAAGAUGAUGGACUACUAUCAGGACUACUUGAACUUCCAGCCGUUGUCCUUCGAGGAGCCGAACAUAAAUAAAAUCGGCGAACACUGUGACCCAGAGAACCUGACGCAGCUUCUGAUUAUGGUGCUCGGAUGUGCUGUUCAUUGCGCCAACAAGGAAGAGUAUAUCAUGAAAAUCACAUCUUUGGAGCUUGAUGUGCAGAGCGUGUUGAUGCAGUGCAUAAAGGAACUGCAGAGCUGUUUCCAAAUGCCAGGAGCACCUUUAGAGUCGCCUGCGUCGGUGGGGCCGGGUGAGAGCUUUGUCACCUCACACAUUUCUCAGCUGCAAGAGGAAUUGAGAGCAACCUCCGCCCUCAAGGAGCAGAUGGCCCAAAAGUGCCACGAACUCGACCUGCAGGCAACCAUUUUACAGGACGAGAAAGAGGUGCUUUUGAGCGAAAAUAAUGCGUUGAAGGAAAGGAUGAAAGAGUUUGAAGGUCUGGAAGACGCGGGUGGAAGCCAAAGGUUGAAGGACCUGAAGAAGCAGGUGGAACUGCUCAAGGAAGAGGUUUUCAAGGCGGAAACAGCCAGGGAUGAUUACCGGGCCAAAGUGCAGCUGGUGGAAAAGGAGAACUUGGAGACAAAAGCGCGCCUUGUUGAGUUGCAGCAGGCCGCCGACGAAGCGCGUUUGCUGAAAGAUGAACUGGACGUGGCUCGUGAGGCUGCAGAUCAGGCAGCAAAACUCGAGGCCACAAUCGAGACUUACAAGAAAAAGCUUGAGGAAUUCAGUGAUUUGCGGCGACAGUUGAAGCUCCUUGAAGAUAAAAAUAUCGAAUACAUGCAGACGAAUAUGGAGCUGGAGGAGGAGUUGAAAAAGUCUGGCUCUUGGAAGCCACAAGUCGAGAUGUACAAGAAACAGGUCGGGGAGCUGCAUCAAAAAUUGGGCGACGAAACUAAACGGGCCGACAAGGUCGAGUUUGAAAACAGAAAACUGCUCGAAAAGCUGCAAGCAGUGACUGUCGAGAAGGAGAGACUCGUCACCGUGUUGGGCGAUAUGAAGGAGAACAUGGAAGAAAUGAAGUUCACGCAAAUCCAGACCGUGGACAACGCCAGUCCAGGCCCUGUUACCCAGAGAAGCGCGUCCAGUGGGCCGAAUCAGCUCGACCUCAGCGUCCAAGAGCUCAAGGAGAAGGUUAUUCGGCUGGAACAUGAAAAUAAAUUGUUGAAGAUCAAAGGCACGGGCGACGAAGAAUUUGCCGUGCUGCAAGCGCAGGUGGAGGAUCUCACGCAGAGGAUGUCUCUCGAACAAACUGAAAACAGGAAAGCAAACCAGAGAAUCAUGGAGUUGGAAAACCAGGUGACAGAAACACAGGAGCGACUGGCUAGCUCGAGCCAACAAGAUUCAAAUUUGUCCAGCAACGCCAAGAGCCUGAUGACCCAGCUGCAAACGCAGGUCAGAGAGCUAGGCAAUGAAUUGGAGGAAAAGAGCGGGCAAGUGGAGACCAAAGAGGCGCAGCUCACCGACAUGAAGCAAAAGCUGGUCUUCCUGCAAGGUGCUUUGGAGAGGAAGGACCUGGAGAUGCAGGCCAAGGAGGAAAAGUACCAGAGGUGCAUUGAAAAGGCCAAGAGUGUUAUAAACACUUUGGACCCCAAGCAGGACGCCAGUGCUGAGGUUGCCGAGUUGCGCAACCAGAUUGAAGAGAAGGAAAGAAUUAUCGUCAACAUGGAGAAAGAGUUUGAGAAGAGCAGAGGAAUCCGCGAGAUGGAGGAAAAACUGAUGCUAACCGCCUUUAACAAAUUCACUGUCCAGAUGAACCGACAAGCUGCCGAGCAGCGGCUUUCAAACAUGGCUUCAACCUCAGCCUCUUUCCUGUCCCGACAAAGGCAACCAACGUCUGGCAGGUCAAGGGGCAGAGCCUCCAACUCCUCCCCACCGUACAACACAAGCUCUUUAAAAUGAUAGAACGCUCAGGAGUAAACAACAAGUGAUGGAUUUGUGGAGUAUUAAUCGGCUCGUUGCAUGCCUCUUUCGAUCAUCAAUUCGACCUGGCACUAAAGUUAUGUGUAACUAUUUAGGAGUUUACAAGAGAGGAUAGCACAGGAUUUUGAAGACAUGAAGAUAACCUAGCUCCUGGAAAUCACCGUCCAAGUGCGAAUUUUAACCCAUUCAACAGUUUUUUUGUUUAAAUCUUUGCCAGUCAACAUGUUGUUACAAAUAUUUAUUCCCUGCUAUUUAAUUAAUAUUAGGAAAAUAUUUUCUAUGUAAAGUCCACAAAAAAGCAGUAAUAAGAUUAGAGGAGUGUACUGGAAUUUUAAUAAACGUUAUUCUUGAUAUAAAA